AGAUUUCUGAAAUCCAAGAUCAGGAAUCAGAACAGGCUCGGAUACUCAGACACCAGAUGCAGCAGGCAAAAAUAGGACUAGGGGCUCUUACAAAGUAGAUUCACAUUUUGAACACGUGGAGAAAGAAAUUUUUAGUUUGACAAAAACGUGAAAGGGGAACACAAUGGGGAAUGGGACGGCUAAAAAAAAUCACCAAGCAACAGCUAACUAAAAAUAUUGAUUUCCAAAUAAGCUCCGAUAUUCACGCUUGUCCUGUCAAAUGUCAAAUACAAAUAGUCCCUAGGCAUCUUUCUCCCUGAAGCAUGAAUGAUCUUUCUGUGCUUUUAAUCAGGCCAUAGGGUCUUUAGCCUCUACUCGAGCGGUACAGUCUUAACCAUUCGCGCAAGAAAACAUCUCGCUUGCUGAUCAUAGACGUCUCUGCUAGGACACGUUGUAACAAAGGGCCAGGAAAGCACUCUUGGGCCACGCAACGCCAGUGCAGUCAUGGAAAACUACGAUUACGAUAAUUACUCCUACGAAUACUAUGAAGAGGAGCCCCCACAUGGCAGCCAAAAAGAGGUUUCGCACAUAUUUUCUGUUGUCAUCUACAGCAUCUCUUUUGUGCUUGGCGUCAUUGGGAACGGAGCCGUCAUCUGGGUGACCGGUUUCAAGACGAAGAAGACGGUCAACACCAUCUGGCUGCUGAACCUCGCCGUGGCCGAUUUCGUGUUUGUGCUUUUCCUCCCCUUCUCCAUUGACUAUGUGGUCAACGACUUCCACUGGAAUUUCGGCAAAGCCUUGUGCAAGGUUAAUUCUUUCAUCUCCAUCAUGAACCUGUUUGCCAGUGUGCUCUUCCUCACUGUGAUCAGCCUCGAUCGCUACGUGGCCCUUGUUCACCUUAGCUGGUCACAGAGAAACCGGACCCUGCGGAACAGUCUCAUCGUAUGUAUCAGCGUGUGGAUCACAGCGGCGGCGUUGAGCACCCCCAGUCUGAUUUUCCGCGACACCCUUACCAUUCAGGAAAGAGUGGUCUGCUACAACAACUUCCACGACACGGACCCGCACACAGCUGUUGUCCGGCACACCGUCAUAGUGAGCAUCCGAACUGUCGUGGGGUUCCUGAUACCUUUCUCCACGAUCUCGGUCAGCGGCGUCAUGCUGGUGGUGAAGAUGCGAAGGUCCGCCACCGUUAAAUUGACCAACUUCUCCAAAACUGUAGCAGCCAUCAUCGUUGCCUUCUUCUUCUGCUGGGCCCCUUACCACGUCUUCAGCCUGAUGGAAAUCACCGUCCACCACAACAGCCAACUCCACGAUGUUCUCAGGACCGGUUUCCCCUUGGCCACCAGCCUGGCUUUCUUCAACAGCUGUCUUAACCCCAUCCUCUACGUCUUUACGGGCAAGAAGGUGAAGGCCAUCCUCCACAGGUCCUGUAUGGAGGUCACCAAGCACGUGCUGAGAGACCUCAGCCAGGCAGGGUCGGAGUCCGUCACCCUGUCUGACCAGAAUGCCAGGAGCAGGGAAGAAAAUGAUGGCUAAUCCACAUUACAAGGAGACUGUUUUCCCUGGAGAAUUUCCAUGUUCUCCUUUUGGGAUAUAUAGUGCCACUCCAGUAUUUGAAUCCGCCAUGCACAGACAGGCUUAGAGAGAAAGUUAUACACUUUCUUUGGCUGUAAGCCUUAGAAUCUCUGUUUGCUCUGUUGCACGACAGUGAUGCUUAAGUGCAAUGGUAGCCUAAAUUGUCCUCAUUUCAGUACGGACGUUCUCCAUGUGGGGGGUAUUACACUUUCUUAAAGCUUUAAGGGUGUUUAAGGGUGUUUAAAGGGAAACUGCAGUCCCAAUUUCUUAGACAGGCUAUUACAGUCUAAGCCGCCAUGUCGUUUCAAACUAUCAGUCGAGUUCCCAUGAAUUGCGACCAGAUGCAGCGUUUCCUGCUCACUAGUCACUGUAAUGACUAAUGUAAUGCAAUAUACGAGCGAAUACGAACAGGUUGUGCAGCAGACA